AUGGCGCUACGAUUCUUUUCGAUCUUAAUUUGUAUUGUUAGUGCUCUUCAGCCACUCCCACCUGUGCAGUGGGUCGGCAGUAACUCUACGAACUCCGGGUUCUCCUUGAGCAAAGCAUCGAGGGAGAUUUAUAUUGACAGGUCUUUCGGAAAUGUCAGAGAUACAGAGGGUCUGACACUAAUACCACCGACCGCCCAUGAAUUCGCGGAAACAUUCCGCAGCGACAUCUCAGCGCUCUUUGGUGGAGAUUGGACGCUCGUGCAAGUCGAUGAACUUCCUUCGACCGGAAUUCUACUAGGAAGAUUUAGGGGUAGUGGGGACCAGAUUAUCUAUGAGAACGGUCGUGUCACAGAAGAAGGGUAUGAAAUCGAAGUCACUGAUGGGAGGGUGUAUAUUGGCGGGGUCGGGGCGCGAGGCUUGUUCUGGGGCACACGAACCCUUCUCCAAGAACUACUGAUCUCGAAUGGCUCGGUUUCACCUGGUCGAGCAGUAGAUACACCUGCGUAUGCAACCCGCGGGUAUAUGGUAGGUCUCCGCGGUACAAUGUGCAUUCCCUUCUUUGCAGGAUUCGCUUACCUCAUAAUAGGAAGGAAAUGGUACGCACCUGAUCUCCUAAAGGAGCUGUGCACGUACGCUUCAUUCUUCAAGAUUUCAGAAUUUCAUUACCAUUCCAGCGACAACUACCCUUUGAAUCGCGGUCACAAUGAUACCUGGUCCGAAGUCUUCUCGCAUUUUUCCCUGUAUCCGGAAGAGAACACAGAGUUGCAAGGACUCAUUCAACGCCGAAAUGAAACUUUGUCCCGCGCCGACUUCGAGGGCUUGCAGACACACUGUGCGCAGCGAGGUGUCACUAUAGUGCCCGAGAUUGAAGCACCUGGUCACGCCCUCGCGAUCACAAAGUGGAAGCCUGAACUAGCAUUGGUAAAGAAGGACUUACUAAACCUGAGCCAUCCGGAUGCAAUUCCAACAGUCAAGGCUAUCUGGGCAGAAUUCUUGCCUUGGUUUCAGACCAAGGAAGUGCAUAUUGGUGCAGACGAGUACGACUCUGAGCUAGCGGACGACUACAUCAAUUUCGUGAACGAAAUGGCCACGUUCAUUAACACGACAUCGGCGAAGCGCAUCCGCAUAUGGGGCACACAUGAGCCAUCUGUGAAUCUCGAAGUCUCCAAGGAGAUUAUUGUUCAGCACUGUUUGAUCAACUCCGAGGACUGGUGGGCGUACAUGAGCCUCAAGAAUGACCACAUGCCUAUACUACCAGCAAGAUAUCCGCAGUUUUACAAUGUAACGCGCACCAUGAACUUUGCCAAUGUUCCAGGUCUGCAGUGGGAUCCGUCGCUGUUCAACCCGAUUAACACAACAGAGCAGCUUCAGCCAGGUGCGAGCGGGAACAAAGGGGCUAUAUUAGCUGCAUGGAAUGACAAUGGCCAGGAUUCUACGACGCAGCUGGAGGCGUACUAUGCCAUGCGGGAAGGAAUACCCGUGAUGGCAGCGCGUUCCUGGGCGGGAAAACGAGGCGCGAAGAUUAAAGUGGAGGAACUGGCGGAGAGUAUCGCGCUUUUGGCGUCUAAGGCCCCUGGACAGAACCUUGAUCGAAGACUACCCUUUUCGCAGCAGCCUUCUCAGAACUCACCACUGCUUUCAUGGACACGGAAAUCCCUGGAUCCCACAAGUACACUCUUGAGCAAAGGCUCGUACGGACCGCCUUACACAUUAACACUUAACGUGUCCUCGCCAUUUACCCUCUGGGGGCCCGACACUUCAUUAUCCUUAGUUGCGAAUAUCAGUUUUAGCAGUCCUAACACCACGACGUUAAUCUUCACCACCGCGGACAACUUCCCAUAUCCCUUACGCUCUGUCUCCAAACAUGAUGGCCACGACCCCGGCCAUCCAGGCCGUAUAUGGACCAAUCAGUCCACAUCAUCACAUGAGCCCGUCACAAUUUCUUUACCCGCAACACUGCGUAUCGAAACGGAUGUCGGCAAUGGCAGUCGUGUGUGGGUGAACGAAGAGUUUGCGGGUCGUUUCGAAGUUUUCGUGUUUGGGGGUCGCAAUACGUUGUUUAGCUGGAGUCAGAUGGCGCUUGUCACCCCACUGGAGAAGAUUGAGGGUGGUAUUGAUGGGCUGAAGCUUGAAGAGGGCGUGGGAUCGCGACUGUCUCAGAAUGGCAAUGAUAGUUAUGUUGGGCCGCCAGUGGAGAAUGCAGCAGGAAAGUUAGUGGCGUGUAGGGCGGGGUUGGUUGGUCUGCUUUUCGGUCUGGUGGCAUUCAUUUAA